AUGGGGUGCGGGAGCUCGCGGGCGGAGGAGUCGGCGGCGGUGGUGCUGUGCCGCGACCGCGCGCGGCUGAUCCGCGCGGCGCGCGACCGCCGCUACGCCCUCGCCGCGGCCCACGCCGCCUACUUCCGCUCCCUCUCCGCCAUGGGCGACGCCCUCAGCCGCUUCGUCGCCGAGGAGCUCACCGAGGUCGCCUCCUCGUCGUCUGCCCCGACCCUCACCCUCCCCCCCUCCCAGGGCAAGGCCAAAUCCAUGUCCAAAUCCAAAUCCAAGCCCUCCUCCGCCUCCUCCAAUGGCGGCGGCGGCCUCAGCAUCUCGUCAUCGGUGACGCCGCUCUCGCACGCCCUCUCGAUAACGGAGGGAUCGCGAUCGCACAUCUCCUCCUCCUCCUUGGUUUCGAGCCCUAGGAAAGCUCGGAAAGAGAUGCCUUCGCCUUUGCAUUCACCUUCCCCUUCUCCUCCUCCUCCUCGUCGAUCGCCGAUUCCAAACCCUAAAGACCACGAAAUGUCGUACAACGAGCUGAAUCCGCCCUUUACUGGGUAUCUCUAUGGUUAUAAUUAUCCCUAUGAUCUCCCUUUUGGAUCGGAGAGAGAAAACCCAAAUUACUACAACAAGCCUUCCUCUCCGCCACAGCCAGCGGCACCAGCGCCAGCAUCGGCACCUCCAUCUACUCCGCCACCGCCGGCUCUAGAGGUUUCAGCAUGGGAUUUCUUCGAUCCGUUCACUUCGUAUGAUCAAUUCGUUGCGGAUUACGCACAGGGGAGGUACGGAUUCAGUUCUUACAGUUCUAGCCCUAAUUCGAGUGUGGUGAGGGAGAAAGAAGGGAUUCCCGAUUUAGAAACGGAGAUGGAGGUGGAGAAGGAGAAGAGAGUUGUCGAUGCGAGGGUUUCGGUGGAAUCCACACAAGAGAAGGAUAGUAAAGUUGAUAUGGAGGAGAGAGAUAGUAAGAGUAGUUUAACAUCUAUCGAAGAUAGAAGCAGCGGAGAGGAAGAAGGAUCGAAUGAGAAGAAGAAAGGAGUGACCUUCGGAGAGGAUAAAUCUUUGGACUUUGAGAGCGGGGAAAGUAACGAGAAGUCGAUCUCCACCUUUUCGAGUAGUGGAGUAGUGUUAUCGGUUCACGGGACGAGAGGUAUCAUGGAGGCUGUGAGGGAAAUCACGGAGCAGUUUGAAUUCGCUUCUGAUUGUGGCGAGGAGGUUUCGAGGAUGCUUGAGGUCGGGAAGGCGCAGUACCGAAUGAGAAGUAGAAUUCUUACAUUUAUCUUUUCCAGGAUUUUGGAUCCCAUGGCUCUGACCAUAUUGAGUUUUCCACGCCUUUCUUUCAAGCAAUUCGGACCAUCAAGUGCAUCAAGUAGCACUACUAGCAAUUAUGAGCCAGAAAAGUACACUGGUAUGAAGUCCGGCAACCUCUCAUCAACGUUGGAGAAAUUAUAUUUAUGGGAGAAGAAACUGUGUAAGGAAGUUAAGGAUGAAGAAAAGCUUCGGCUCAUCUAUGAGAAAAAGUACACGCAGCUAAUGUCUUUGGACAAAGGAGGAGCAGAGUUUUAUGAGAUUGAUUACACACGCGCAAUGAUGCAAAAGUUGUGCACAAAGAUAGGUGUUAUCGUUAAAUCAAUUGAUGCCAUUUCAGCUAGGAUGCAGCAGAUAAGAGAUGAAGAACUGCAACCCCAACUUGCAGAACUAAUCCAAGGUUCGAUAAGAAUGUGGGUGUACGUUUUGGACUGCCAUCAAAAACAGUUACAAGCGUUAAUCGACAGCAAAAGCCAUCACCUCAAGGCAAAAGCUGGAGGCGAAAGAAGUUCUGUUGCUAGGGCUACCAUGGAACUGGAGCUUCAGCUCAGGAACUGGUGUCACUGUUUCAUAAAUUGGUUCGAGACCCAGAAAUCUUACAUCGAAGUCCUCAAUAAAUGGUUAAUAAAAUGGCUCCCCAAAGUGCAGGAAGAAGAAACACCAGAUGGGGUCCCGCCGUUUUCCCCGAGCAAAUUUGGGGCUCCUCCAGUGUUUAUCAUCUGCAACGAUUGGUCGCAAGCAAUAGAAAGGAUCUCAGAGAACAACGUGGUUAACACAAUGAACGUUUUUAGUUCAUUUAUGCAUCAGCUUAGGGUUAGUCAAGAAGAGGAAUACCGUCGAAAGCUAAAGGUAGACUAUCUCUCCAUGGUUUAUGACAAAAGGCUAAAAUCUUUCCAGAAGGAAACUCAGUUUAAGGAGAAUUUGAAUGUUGUUUCUGUUUCUGAAAAUGGUACCGAAUAUCUUGAUGAUCAUACGAUGGUUUUAGACUCGGUGAGGAAAAGAAGGGAUGAGGAGAUAGAAAAACAUGAGGAGGCAAUACAAAGAGUUCAUCAUGCCGCUUCAAGCUCUUUGCGAAGUGGGUUAGUUCCUAUAUUUGAAGCAUUGGAGAAUUUCUUUAUGGAGAACUUGAAGGCGUAUGAGGGAAUUAGAAUCGCAAAUGAAAGUGGAGAUUCAUAGUACACACCAUGAUGACAGCUUUGGCCGAAUUGAAUUAGGUUACUGAUUCUGCAAAGACUCAUUAUGGGCGCCAAAGAUAUUUGAAAUCAUUGAUUAGCUUUAGGGUUUAUUUAUCGAUUGGUUUGGCGAGAGCUUUUGUAGAAGUGUUGUUCAAAUAAUAGAGUUGUUCGAAGAAGCCUCAAUAACUUUUUUUGUUAAAAUCUCUUGAACAACUUCACACCGCAGCAAGCAGUACAAACUUAAGUUGAAGCUUGUGCGCCAUUCCCGACUCCAGACUUUUUACCGGCCAAACAUUGACGCUAAAUGAAUUUGUCUCAGAAACUGACAAAAGGGGCUUGUAAAUGCUUUUCCGGUGGAGGUUCUCACUUUUUCUUCUUUUAUUAUCGGAGGAGCAGAGUGCCUUUAGAUUUUUUUUUUAUUACUUGAAAGUAUCAAAGUGGUUGCAUUUGCAGAAUGUAAUCUCACAGUGGCCUUUAAUCAAGGCUGAGCCAUUUAGAUACAUAUUUUGCUCUUUUCGUUAGCAGAUGCAGUUUGUUUAUAUUUGCCUCCUGCAUUCAUUGAAAUUCAGAUAUUAUAAACAAAUACCAAAA